AUGGUACUCAAGCCCGAAACUUCGACGCUCUUUCGCUCUUUGCGUGUCGGCACCAUGGAUCUCUCGCACCGCGUUGUCAUGGCACCGCUGACUCGAUACCGAGCACUUGAUGACCACGUCCCGAUGACAUCGCUGGUCGCGGACUAUUAUGCGCAACGAGCACGUUCUCUUCCUGGAACACUGAUCAUUGUAGAAGCAACUCAUAUCUCGCCGCGAGCGGGUGGAGCUGCCAACGUACCAGGAAUCUAUUCCCCACAACAGAUACAAUCAUGGUCGACUAUCGUCCGAGCAAUCCACGAUGUCGGCGGUUACGCCAUUUGUCAACUGUGGGCCAUGGGCAGAGCCGCCAAAGCAGAUGUCCUGGCAAGAGAUCCGGAGGGGCCAUUUGAUGUCGUCAGCAGUUCAGACCUUCCUAUCGACGACAAGAGCGCAGUACCUCGCGCGCUAUCUGUCGAAGAGAUCAACGAAUUUGUCAAGGACUAUGCCAAAGCAGCCCAGAACGCGAUCGAGGCGGGGUUCGAUGGCGUUGAGAUCCACGCUGCCAACGGUUACCUCAUUGAUCAGUUCACCCAAAACACGUGCAAUAAACGUACUGACGAGUAUGGUGGUUCAAUCGAGAAACAUUCUCGUUUUUGUUUGGAAGUGGCCAAAGCCGUGGUGGAUGCGGUUGGUGGCUCGCGGGUCGGCAUCCGUCUGAGUCCAUGGUCCCCGUUCCAGGGCAUGCGAAUUGCGGAUACGGCGUUGUUGAAACAGCAAUUUGGUCAUCUGAUCCGAGAAGUCAGAAAACUCGGCCUCUCCUACUUACACCUGGUCGAACCCCGGAUCAGCGGAGACUUGGACGUGUCAAAGUCCGAGGACAAGGAAUCUCUGGACUUUGCUUUCGACGCCUGGGGUUCAACUGUCGAUGCACCGAUAAUGGUCGCGGGAGGCUACGACCCCACGACCGCCCGAGACGCAGUGGACAGACAUCCUACCUACCAGGAUAGGAACGUCGCGGUGGUGUUCGGACGCUUGUUUAUCAGUAAUCCAGACCUCCCUUUCCGGAUUCUUCACGGCCUGCCAACCGCGAAGUACGAUCGAGACACCUUCUACACCCCGAAGAAAGAAAAAGGCUACAACGACUAUCCGUUCAGUGCUGAAUAUCUCAAGACCAUAGCAUGA